CAGAGGGUCAACCCAGAGAGCCAGACUGGACGAACUGACACUAUUAUCAUUAUUAUUAUUAUUAUUAUUAUUAUUUAACUUUAAGUCAUUUAAGCUCCUCAUUGUAUGAUUAUGUUUACAACGCGUCGUUCCUUCGUGGUUAUUGUGACUUUUGCGAAACUGUCUCCGUUCCGUCCCACCACAGUGUUCGUCUUCAUGCUGGUUGUAGUGUGUCCGUUUGUGUUCGGCUGAGUGUGGACACAUGUCUGUCCACCUGUGCUGCUGCUGCAUCAUUACGAGCCUGCUGCUUCUGACUCACCGUCACUGAAACUCGCCUUUUCCUCCAUUGUUGUGUUUUUGUGUGGCGCUCAGAUGCAGGGACGCGCUGCUGGUGAUGGGAACUCUUUGGGGCUUUUUCGCUUCUUUGGCGCAUGAAGGUUUCAUUUGCACCUAUCCAACAAUCAGAGUCAGACAGGAUGCGGGGGAUAUCUUAUUCUCUUGUAAGCAGGUAUUUUCUGUGCCAAACAUUGUUGAGCCCUAUUUUUAUUUAGAGUGGACCUAAACUAUAGCCAUAUCCCGUGCCACAUCCAGUCUGAGUGGAGUGUUCCCUGACAUUCGUUGUGAACUUAAGCUUAAGAAGGACCGUGACGCGUAAAGGGAUUCUGGUUUUUACGCACGGCUGUUGCUCUCAACCGUUACCUCUUGGAUGUGAACAGUGAUGAUGGCAGGAAAGCGCAGCGCCACGGGGCUUGAGGAGCCCCAGACCCGGGGUGCGUUCACCACUCAGGGCCAGGCGUGGCCCCGUGAAUAAUCACGCGGCAACAGCAUGCCCACUUGGCCCAAUCACUCGGUGUGCCUCUCCAUUAACUGCAGCUGGGAGGAGAUCCACAACAGCACAUGGAAUCCAGACCAUGUCCAGCCUCCUCUCAACUACUACUCCAUCCCUCUCCUCACGGUCAUCACCGUCGCCUGCACGCUGCUUUUUCUGAUCGGAAUGACCGGCAACGUGAUGACCAUUUUGGUGGUCAGUAAGUACCGGGACAUGCGCACCACCACCAACCUCUACCUGUGCAGCAUGGCUUUGUCGGACCUGCUCAUCUUCCUCUGUAUGCCGCUGGACCUGUACCGCAUGUGGAGGUACAGGCCCUGGCGCUUUGGAGACGCGCUCUGUAAACUCUUUCAGUUCGUGUCAGAGUCGUGCACAUACUCCACCAUCCUGAGCAUAACUGCGCUCUCAGUGGAGCGCUACCUGGCCAUCUGUUUCCCGCUGCGUGCCAAGGCUCUGGUUACGAAAAGGCGGGUGCGCGCCCUCAUCCUUCUACUCUGGACGGUAUCUCUUUUGAGCGCCGGGCCGGUGUUUGUCAUGGUGGGAGUGGAGAGGGACAGCGUGGGACCACGCGACUUCACUUUGGGACUCGGCAACGACAGCGACUCCUCUCUGGAAGGCGUGGACACCCGCGAGUGUAAGAUGACGCACUACGCCGUGGAGUCGGGUCUGAUGGGUGCCAUGGUGUGGUUGAGCUCUGUUUUCUUCUUCAUGCCAGUGUUCUGUCUCACAGUGCUCUACAGCCUCAUCGGCCGGCGGCUGUGGCAGAGACACCGGGAAACAAGCAUCGGCUCCCGCGGGGCUCACAGGGACAAGAGCAACAGACAGACCAUCAAGAUGCUGGUGGUGGUGGUGCUGGCGUUCGUCCUAUGCUGGUUGCCCUUCCACGUGGGCCGCUACCUGCAGUUCCGCUCCCUGGACGCCCCGUCCCCCCUGCUGUCCCUGUUGUCCGAGUACUGCAGCAUGGUGUCCGUGGUUCUCUUCUAUCUGAGUGCCGCCAUCAACCCCAUCCUCUACAACACGAUGUCGUGGAAAUACAGGGGCGCAGCUGCGCGCCUCUUCGGCCUGACCGACAGCCAGCCCCCACGAGGGCGAACCGCCAGCACCGCGAAGGGAGACUUUUCAAACGGCUGGACAGAGUCGACAGUCAGCCUCUAAACCGCUGUCAAAAAACGUCUGUAAAGAUAAUGAUCACAAACCUGAAAGCCAUCUUGAAAGCCAUUUAUCAUCUCUGGACAGAGGAUGAGAGCGGCCCCAGCAUCCAUCCAGACUAUUGUUUCAGUCAAUAUUCCUGUUUCAACAGGUUGCAGCAUCAUCUGAAACCCUACAUGUCAAGUGUUGAGAGUGAACAUGAACACAUGAACAGCCUGUCAAUCACAGACAUUAACAACUGCCUUAUACUGCAUUCAUAUUCUGGAUGACAAAGAAAGCACUGUAGAUCUUGUAGCACUGCUCUGCAGCCUAUACUCAUGUAGGAAGGGGCAGACGUGCUUUGUGUGUGUAUG